GCGGGGGAGCCGCCGCCGCAGCUCUCUACAAGCAGGAAGAAGAGGAAAACAUGGUGCGGUGACAAGACGCCCGGACGCCGACCGAGAACAGGAGCCAGCUCUUUCCUUUCAGCCUGCUCAGGACACGGAAGAUACCUGUGGUGCAAAGAUGAGUCGGAGGCGCGCAGACUCCCAGGGUUCCCUGGGGCCUGACGAUGAGGUCAUGCCGUACAGUGACGAUGAGACGGAUGACGAAUUGGAUGCAAGCUCUGAAGAAGAAGAACCAGAAGCGCCACCAGGAGCACCGCACCCCGAGGUGGAAGCUAAACCCACCGAGAUGCCAUGGAAGGUGAAAGCCAAUGACAGACCUUAUCAUCACCUGCCAGAGUUUCAGAAAAAAGUCUUCCUGUGUAUCAAGAAGAGCAGAUACUCCGGAAAUGCCAUCAAGACGUACAAGUACAACGUCCUCACAUUCAUCCCCCUGAACCUGUACGAGCAGUUUAAGAGAGUUGCCAACCUCUAUUUCCUGGCUCUGCUCAUCCUACAGAUUAUUCCAGACAUUACCACCCUGCCCUGGUACACCACACUGGUUCCUCUGGUCGUGGUGCUGGGAGUCACUGCCAUCAAGGACCUGGUGGACGACCUGGCACGUCACAGGAUGGACAAGGAGAUCAACAACAGGAAGUGUGAGGUGCUGCUGGAGAACAGGUUUCAGGAGACAAAGUGGAGGAACGUCGAGGUUGGAGAUGUGGUUCGUCUGAAGAAGAACGACUUUAUUCCGGCUGACAUCCUGCUGUUAUCCAGCUCCAACCCAAACAGCCUGUGCUACGUCGAAACAGCCGAGCUCGACGGAGAAACCAACCUGAAGUUUAAGAUGGGACUCCGAGUGACUGAUGAGAGGCUGCAGGAGGAGCGUCAGCUGGCCCAGUUUGAUGCCCUGAUCGAGUGCGAGGAGCCCAACAACCGCCUGGACAAGUUCACGGGGGCGAUGCUGUGGCAGAGGGAGCGCUACCCUGUGAACCUGGACAACAUGCUGCUCCGAGGCUGCAAGAUCAGGAACACCGAGGAGUGUCACGGGCUGGUCAUCUUCGCAGGAGCCGACACCAAAAUAAUGAGGAACAGCGGCAAGUCGAGGUUCAAGAGGACCAAAAUUGACGAGCUGAUGAACUACAUGGUUUACACAAUCUUCGUGCUGCUGAUCCUGGUGGCAGCAGGUCUGGCCAUCGGUCACACCUUCUGGUACGAGGAGAUCGGCUCCAAGGCCUGGUAUCUGUACGACGGCAAAGGCCAGGACGCCUCCUACAGGGGCUUCCUCAGCUUCUGGGGAUACAUCAUUGUCCUCAACACCAUGGUGCCCAUUUCACUUUACGUCAGUGUGGAGGUCAUUCGUCUGGGCCAGAGUAAGUUCAUCAACUGGGACCUGCAGAUGUAUUUCUCAGAGAAAGACACACCAGCUAAGGCUCGAACCACCACCCUGAACGAGCAGCUCGGACAGAUCGAGUACAUCUUUUCCGACAAGACGGGAACUCUGACACAGAACAUCAUGCAGUUCAAGAAGUGCACCAUCGCUGGACGCACCUAUGGUGAACCAACCACUGCUGAGGGAGUGACACUGGACCGAGGAAGGCCUGUGGACUGGAGCUGGAACCGGCACGCUGACAGGAAGUUCCAGUUCAUGGAUCAUUCCCUGGUUGCUUGCAUCCGAUCCAGGAAGGAUAAGGAUGUUACAGAGUUCUUCAAACUGCUCUCCCUCUGCCACACCGUCAUGGUGGAUAACAAAGAUGGUGAGCUGUUGUACCAGGCGGCGUCUCCCGAUGAGGGCGCUCUGGUGACCGCAGCCAGGAACUUCGGCUACGUGUUUCUGUCCCGUACGCAGGACACCAUCACCAUCAGGGAGCUGGAGCAGGAGACAACCUACGAAAUGUUGGCGCUGCUCGACUUCAACUCCGACCGCAAGCGCAUGUCUAUCAUCUUGAAGUUUCCUGAUGGUCGCAUUCGUCUCUACUGUAAAGGAGCUGACACUGUCAUCUAUGAGCGACUUUCCCCCAACUCCAGACACAAAGACACCACCCAGUCAGCUCUGGAUGACUUUGCCAACGCGACCUUGCGGACACUGUGCUUGUGUUACAAAGACAUCAGCGCGGACGAGUACAACGUCUGGUCCAGGAAACACAAAGACGCGCAGUUGGCCAUGGUCGACAGAGAUGAUGCCCUCGACAGUGUGUACGAGCAGAUUGAGAGCAACCUGAUGCUGAUCGGGGCAACAGCCAUCGAGGACAAAUUACAGGACGGAGUGCCGGAGACCAUCGCCACUCUGGCCAAGGCCGACAUCAAGAUCUGGGUCCUGACUGGAGACAAGAAAGAAACGGCAGAGAACAUUGGAUACUCCUGUUCGCUUUUGACGGACGACAUGCAUAUCCACUACGGAGAAGACGUCAAUCAGAAGCUGAGGACUCGUCAGGCCAACAGGAGAAACGAGCCUCCGACUGCCCACCGAGGCAAAAAGAGACUGGUCCAGCCUUUCUUCACUGAGCUGGGUAAAAACGCUCUCAUCAUCACCGGAGGAUGGCUGAACGAGAUUCUGUACGAAAAGAAGAAGAAACGCCGUCGCCUGCGUUUGCGCCGCCUGGGAAAGCGGCCGCCUCCCAGCACCCCUCAGGACGGACAGCCGAUGGACGACUGGGAGAAGGAAAUGAGACAGAUUGACUUUGUGGACAUGGCCUGUGAGUGUGAGGCGGUCAUCUGCUGCCGGGUCACGCCCAAACAGAAGGCUAACGUGGUGAGUUUGGUGAAGAAGUACAAGAAAGCUGUGACACUGUCCAUCGGAGACGGAGCCAACGACGUCAACAUGAUCAAGACUGCAGACAUCGGUGUGGGCAUCAGCGGUCAGGAGGGGAUGCAGGCCGUCAUGUCCAGCGACUACGCCUUUGCUCAGUUCCGCUACCUGGAGCGCCUCCUGCUGGUGCACGGGCGCUGGUCCUACAUCCGAAUGUGCAAGUUCCUGCGCUUCUUCUUCUUCAAGAACUUCGCCUUCACACUGGUCCACUUCUGGUACUCCUUCUUCAGCGGAUACUCCUCACAGGUCGCCUAUGAAGACUGGUUCAUCACUCUCUACAAUCUGUGCUACAGCAGCUUACCUGUUCUACUAGUUGGACUUCUUGACCAGGACGUUAAUGACAAACUGAGCCUGAAAUUUCCCAAACUCUACCUACCCGGCCAGCAGGGGACACUGUUCAACUACAGAAACUUCUUUGUCAGCUUGUUCCACGGCAUCUUCGUCUCGCUCAUCAUCUUCUUCAUCCCUUACGGAGCCUUCCUUCAGACCAUGGGGCAGGACGGAGAGGCCCCCUCUGACUACCAGUCUUUUGCUGUUGUCACUGCGUCGUCGCUCAUUUUCACAGUCAACCUGCAGAUGUCUCUGGAUACCUCCUACUGGACCUUCGUCAACUGCUUUGCGGUUCUGGGUAGCAUAGCCAUCUACUUCGGCAUCAUGUUUGACAUCCACAGUGCUGGGAUUCACGUCAUCUUCCCCGAAUAUUUCAAAUUCACUGGUGCAGCAUCGAACGCUCUGCGACAGCCCUACCUGUGGUUGACCAUCAUCCUGACUGUGGGCAUCAGCCUGCUGCCCGUCAUCUGCAUUCAGUUCCUCCACAAAACAAUCUGGCCCUCUGUAGGAGACAAGGUUCACAGAAACAGGAAGAAAUAUGAGCUGGAGAUGCAACAGGAGGAGAAGAAAAAGCCGUCAGCCUUCCAGCGUGGCCGCCGUUCCCGCCGCUCUGCCUACGCCUUCUCUCACUCACGUGGCUACGCCGACCUCAUCUCGUCAGGUCGGAGCAUUCGGCGGCGCCCGACAGCCCGUGCCACGCCCCAGGACAGCAUCAGGGAGGUACCCCAGAGAGAGGCAGAAAACAUCUGACGGGGGCUGAAUGGAGAUGGAGCAGAACUGU